AUGGAGUGGGAGCUCAUUGACGUCCCUGGUAACCUGAAUCCCUCCCUCCAAGACUCUAUAGUUGACGUGGUGGCAGCCAAGAUUGAGCUCAAGCUAGCCAACACUCUCAUUAGGCAAUUGAGCCAGGUAUGCCCUUUGGACAGUCUGAGGCAUGUAAAACGAGUCCGUCGACAAACUGAAUGUGGUGGUAAAUCUGAGUUAUCAAUAAUCUUAUGCCUCUCUACUGGGUCCGAAAGUAGCAGACAUUUACAUGAAGAUGUACAAAAGAUAGUGGAUACUUAUCAGUUGAGUACUUUCGCUGCGAAAGUUCCCAAGUUUUCUGCUACAUUAAAAGAGGAAUGGGUAGAGCAGUGCAAUCUUUGGCCAACAUCUUACCACCCCGCACAUGACCUCAGUAUUGUCCGUGGAUUUCAAGAGGAGGAAUCACCAUCAAUAUUUAAUUGCAUGAAGACUGCAGUUCAUGGCUCAUUACUCUCAUAUCUUGUUUGGGAACCAUGCCCAAUGUGUGCCAUAGCCCUUGUGCAUCAAAGAUUCAAGCACGUCUUCUACGCUUUUCCUAAUCCCAUUACCGGAGCACUUGGUGGAGUCUACAGGUUGCAUGGGGAAAGAAGUUUAGUUUAA